AUGAAAAAUCCAUAAAAUUAUGAUUAAUUCAAAUCAGUCAAAUAGAAUCCAUUAAAUAAUUCAAAAAGUAAACAACUUUAUAGCUUUACAAAAUCUCCAAGAUUUAAUUAUAAAGAAAAAGAAGAGUAAAUUAUUUUGUAAAUAUAUUCUUAGUAAUUAAUCUUCAUUUUAUACAAUAAAAACUGAUAUUUUAUAAUCAAAUAAGGGAGUUUCAUUUGGAUCUGGCACAAAAGUAGAUUUUUCAAAAUUAGGAACAAAAACUCCAGGUCCUGGACAUUAUUAAUUUUAAUAAUAAAAGACUUGUGAGAUUGUUAAGUUGAAAAAACAUACUAUGGGAGCAGGUAGGUUAUAAACAAAACUAAAGACUGAAGUACCUCCAGUUGGAAUUUAUGAGGUUAGUCAAAGUAUGGUGUAAAUUAAUAAAGCACCUCAUUUUGGAUUAAAGUUAUUACCAAGUAUAUGAUUAUAAUUAUAUUAGAGAAUGAAACAUGUUCUCCUGGACCAGGAAAAUAUGAUAUUUAAAUAAAAGAGCAUUCUAAAUCAUUUGUAGCUGGAUUUGGUUCAGGAAGAGCUGGUCAUUCAAUAGAUGAAACACCUGGACCUUAAGAAUAUAGUCCUAGAAAUUAAAUGGCUCCAAAAUAUUCUAAUUCUAAUUGGAGUAAUUGUCAAAUGACUAAAUUCUCAAAAAUGUAACGUUUUGGAAGCAAUGAAACUAUUACACCUGGACCAGGAAAAUAUUAAAUUGCAGGAGAAUUUGGAAUAUACUGAUUUAUAUCAAUAAUUAUAAAGUUUGUUUAAGAUUAAGA